UUAUAGCUGUGUCGUCUUGUCAUUGUCACAUUAAUUAAAUAUUAACAGAGAUCUGUUUAUAAUAAUUAAUGCAAUAUAUACACAUAUAUUUGUACUAAAUUCCAAUAAAAUAAUAUUGCCAAAUAUUAAUACUGUAAAGUAAAAAGUAUUUAAGUCAUCAUGGAUUCAAUACCUACUGAAAAACAAAAAUCUCUUGCUCCCGAUAUUGCGUUGAAUGCGGUACUAGUUCAGAGUCAAGAUCUUCCAGCAGAAACACCUACGGUGGCAGGAUACGACUGGGAAAGUGGAACAGAUUACAAUAAAAUUCUUGAAAGCUAUGCACGCUCCGGGUUCCAAGCAACGAACUUCGGAAAGUGCGUGUUGGAAAUCAAUAAAAUGCUCAAAUGCCGUUCGGUGGCUCUCAGUGAAGAAACAAGUGAUGCAUACGAAGAAGAUAUCUUUAUUAAAAAGAAGACAAACUGUACUAUAUUCUUAGGUUAUACCUCUAACAUGAUAUCAUCUGGUCUUCGUGACACUAUCAGAUUUUUAGUGAAAAAUAAGCUGGUAGAUUGCAUAGUUACCACUGCAGGUGGAGUUGAGGAAGAUUUCAUUAAAUGUUUAGCACCAACAUAUGUUGGAGAUUUUAAUUUGAAUGGAAAAGUUUUACGGACAAGAGGAAUCAAUAGGAUUGGCAAUCUCUUAGUACCUAAUGAUAAUUAUUGCUUAUUUGAAGAAUGGGUAACUCCAUUACUUAAUGAAAUGUUAGAUGAACAGCUAAAUGAAGGAGUGAUCUGGACACCAUCUAAAAUUAUAGCUAGGUUAGGAGAAAAAAUUAAUAAUGAGAGUUCUGUAUGCUAUUGGGCUUGGCGGAAUAAUAUUCCAAUAUUUAGUCCAGCAUUAACUGAUGGUUCUCUUGGCGAUAUGAUGUAUUUCCACUCAUAUAAACGACCUGGAUUUGUUAUUGACAUAUUAGGGGACCUAAGAAGGUUGAAUACAAUGGCUGUAAAAGCAAACAAUACAGGAGUAAUAAUAUUAGGGGGAGGAGUUAUAAAACAUCAUAUAAAUAAUGCAAAUCUAAUGAGAAAUGGUGCGGAUUAUGCUGUUUAUGUGAAUACAGCAAGUGAGUUUGAUGGCAGCGAUUCUGGGGCAAGGCCUGAUGAGGCAGUCUCUUGGGGCAAAAUCCGACCAAAUGCAACACCAGUGAAAUUGUAUGCAGAUGCUACAUUAGUGUUUCCAUUGCUUGUUGCCCAAACAUUUGCUAAACAUCAUUUUAUUAAUAAAAAGAAUGUAUGAUAAAUAAAAUUAUUUUACUUAAUUACCGAUUUUGAAACACAUCUCUUAGGUAUAUCUCAUAGUCUUAUAACUGCAAUUUUUUGUGAUAUGUGUUCUCUAAAAAAGUCAGUCUAAACUUUACAGAUGAGUAGAAUAUUCCUUAUAAAUCUGCCUUACUGUAUGCCUCAACAUAAUCAUAAAACACACUAUUAUUACAUGUAAUAUAAGUAAUAUAGGAUUACAAAUAUUA